UUCUCGCUGGAAGGUUUUCGGCCGUCCUUCAAAAUAGAUUCUCUCAGGAGCAGGGUCGACCUGUUGAAGCUGCCCCUGUCUCUGUCUGCGAAGGCUGUGGCUGCCCGCAAACUCAAAGAGGGGGUGUCAGGGUCUCGAGGGGGGGGAGGGGGAGGAGGAGGAGGAGGAGGGGGGAACAGCCGCACCCGUCAGAGCGGCGGGCAGCGAACAGGUGAGGACGCACCGAGAGGGAGAGACAUGGACAACGAGUCGCAGUACUCAGGAUACUCCUACAAGUCCGGUCAUUCCCGCAGCUCGAGGAAGCACAGGGAUCGCAGGGAGAGGCAUCGCUCUAAGAGCCGGGAUGGAAGUCGGGGUGACAAGUCCGUGACGAUCCAGGCUCCGGGGGAACCCCUGCUGGACAACGAGUCGACGCGAGGAGAUGAUCGAGACGACAACUGGGGCGAGACCACCACAGUGGUGACCGGCACAUCCGAGCACAGCGUGUCGAACGAGGACCUGACCCGCAUCGCCAAGGACGUGGAAGAAUCGACCCCCCCGGACUGCAGGCGCUACCUGGGGCCGGCUCUGUCGGGGGCCCUGGGCCUGUUCGCCUUCCUCACUCCCGUCGCCUUCCUCCUCCUCCCCCAGCUCCUCUGGAGGGACUCCCUGGACCCCUGCGGGACUCCCUGCGAGGGUCUCUACGUCUCCCUGGCGUUCAAACUCCUGGUCCUGCUCAUCGCUUCCUGGGCCCUGUUCCUGCGCCCCCCUCGGUCCGCCCUGCCCCGGGUCUUCGUGUUCCGUUCCCUCCUCAUGGCGCUGGUCUUCCUCUUCGUGGCGUCCUACUGGCUGUUCUACGGGGUGCGGGUUCUGGAGCCGCGAGAGCGGGAUUUCCGCGGGAUCGUGGAGUACGCGGCCUCCCUCGUCGAUGCCUUGCUGUUUAUUCAGUACCUGGCGAUCGUGCUGCUGGAGAUCCGGCAGAUCCAGCCAGCCUUCAGCGUCAAGGUGGUGCGGAGCACAGAUGGGGCCAGCAGGUUUUACAACAUCGGGCACCUCAGUAUCCAGCGCGCGGCCGUGUGGAUUCUGCAGCAGUAUUACAGCGACUUCCCGGUGUACAACCCGGCCCUGCUCAACCUCCCCAAAUCCAUCCUCUCCAAAAAGAUGUCCGGAUUUAAAGUCUACUCCCUGGGGGAAGAGAACAGCACCAGUAACUCGACUGGCCAGUCCAGAGCCAUGAUCGCGGCCGCGGCUCGGAGGAGAGACAACAGUCACAACGAGUAUUACUACGAAGAGGCCGAGAUGGACCGGCGCGUCCGGAAACGGAAAGCCAGGCUGGUGGUGGCGGUAGAGGAAGCCUUCACCCAUAUCAAGCGGCUCCAGGAAGAAGAUCAGAAGAACCCGCGGGAGGUCAUGGACCCCCGAGAGGCGGCCCAGGCGAUCUUCGCCUCCAUGGCCCGGGCCAUGCAGAAGUAUCUCCGAACCACGAGGCAGCAGCCCUACCACAGCAUGGAGGGGAUCCUGCAGCACCUGCAGUUCUGUAUCUCCCACGACAUGACGCCCAAGGCGUUCCUGGAGCGGUACCUGACCCCCGGCCCCACGGUGCAGUACCACAAAGACAACACCGCGGGGCGCCAGUGGACGCUGGUGAGCGAGGAGCCGGUGACUUCGGCACUGCGGGAGGGCGUGGUCUUUGCUCUCAAGCGGAUGGAUUUCUCCCUGGUGGUGACGGCGAGGAGGAUCCCCUUCCUGCAGGUCCGAGAGGAGUUCGUCGACCCCAAGAGCCACAAGUUCGUCAUGCGGCUGCAGUCGGAGACCUCCGUCUGAGAGACGGGGAGGGGAGGGGAUGGGAGGGGAGGGGUCCUGGUUUUGAAGGCUUUUGAAGGAGAGGGAAACCCAAUUUUUCUUUUCCUCUCACUUCAGUCCAGGUGGCCGUUGAGUUUGCCUGUUUUGGAAUUUUUUUUAUUUUUGUUUUUUUAAUCUCCACGCAGCAGAGUGUGUUUCGAGGUGACCGUGGAGAUUGCCUGUUUUGGAAACGUUACGUUUUUUUUUUUCAUUUUUUUAAUUAUAUAUGAAGACCAACGUGAAGUGUUUUGGCUCAACUUUUUAUUCGUGGAAGUAUGAAAAAACUAAAAAAAUGUCUUCGAAUGGGAGUGAAUGAAAUGGUUUGGGUUGGGCGUUGUGUGGACUCAUAAAAAGCUGGCUGUUCUGUUUCAGCUGCUUUGUGUGAGCUUGGGACUUGGGUUCAGGAGACUGGGUUUCAGGCCACUGCGCGGUAAACCAGGCAGGGAGACCCAGGGUUUGAUCCAGCCUCCUCAAACUCGGUCUCCCGUCGGGCGGGGGUCUCCUGAAACCAGAUUUCUAGCCCCUGCUGUUCCGGAAAAAACAGUGGCAUCGUGUUCCUCUCCUACGUCUCUACCAUGGCCUUAAUUUCUAAAGUCUAGUAAGAACAAAAUUGUGUGUGUGUGUUUGAAAGACUUAAGAAUAGAGGCUUUUCCAAAACUGCAUGAAAGAAAACUGAUGGGGCUGAAUUAGCUUUUAUUUUUAACCAAGACUUCUUAAUUGUUCACACAAGAGAUCUUCCAGCUAUUAGUCUGAUUACUGGGCUGUUUGCGUUGGGGGGGCAAGUCACCUUUUUAUUAUUCAGAGUUUAUCAACCCUAAGAUAUGAAAUAACUGUUGAUUUUAUUAACAUGAUUUUGUUGGCCAAACAGCUUUUCAGUACAAUACUUUUCAAAAUAAAGUAAUGCAAAUAAACAUUUGUUUUAAUAUUUAACAUAACUCUGUUAACAUGUAAUAUGAUAAGUUUAAUACCACCAGAAAAGAUUAUGAGAGAGUGUGUGUGUGUGUGAAUGAGACUUGAUCUGAGUGAGUUUUUAAUUCUCAGUAAAAUUCUAGUGUGAGUAUUAUUUUUUGUUUAGUGUAAUGUCAUUUAUAUAUAUAUAUUGUUUUUAGUUCUGUGAGUUGUUUUUUUUAAAACACUUGUUUCACUGGACGAGUGCAUUUAGACAAAAUAUUUUUUAGUUUUUUUGGGGUGGAACCAAUUCUUCCUGCCUAUUGGUUUGCCUGGACGAUUUUGAGCGUGACACCAAUUGGGAUUUUGAGCAGGGGGCUGGGGUGCCCUUUUCCACGCGACGCGAUUGUAACGUCAUUCCCCCAAAAACCGUUUUCGGACUGUGGGACGGUUACCUUAUUCUGUCAUUUUAACUUUUUUUAUUUUUGUGGUGACAUUUUUGGGGGACCGGUAUUUUUUAAAUUCAUUUUUCUCUUUCCUGCGACGUUGCCUACGAAAAAACGACGCGUUGCCGUGUUCCAUUGUGAUGUCAUCGGAAUGGAUAACCAUCACUGUGAUGUCAUAAACCAGCAACUUUUUUUCCUGUGACUAUGAAGGACAACUGAUUUUUAAAAAAAGAAACUGUGCCGUGAUGCCAGCUAGGAGCACCCAUUCAUUCUGUGAUGUCAUUCGGCGAGGGAGGAGGGACGGACGGGAGUGG